ACCGGUGACAUUCGAUAUUCUCGACACGGACUUCGACAUCAUUCUGGGAAUGCCUUGGCUUGGAAGUGCGGAUCACACGGUCAACUUCCACCGGCGGACUCUUAGCGUUCGCGACGCCUUCGGCGGGGAAGUGGCGUGUACUAUUCCUCUACYGCACCCUUCGAUUCGGUGCCAAGUGGUGACGGCCAAAUCAUUCAGGGCGACUUGCGCUUACAAGCAGCCCGAUGAGAUCGGCCUAUGUUUCCUACGGACCGUCGCGGUAGCCGACUCUUCAUCCACGGACUUGUCUUCGGACCCCCGGGUGGUGCGGUUGCCGGACGAGUUCGCCGACAUCUUCGAGUCACCUACCGGUGUGGUGCCAGAUCGGCCGAUCUCUCACGAGAUCAUUCUUGAGGCCAAUUUCGUGCCGGCGAAAGGUUGCAUCUAUCGCAUGAGCGAGGAGGAGCUUGAGCUCCUCCGCGCACAACUCGACGAUUUGUUGGCCAAGGGCUGGAUCCGCCCUAGCAGCUCCCCAUAUGGAGCACCGGUUCUCUUCGUCCGGAAGAAGAACAAGGAUCUACGAUUGUGUAUCGACUACCGCAAACUCAACCCGCAAACCGUCAAGAAUGCGGGGCUUCUUCCUCGCAUCGACGAUCUUCUUGAGCGACUGGGCGGCGCAAAGUAUUUUUCUAAGUUGGAUUUGAAAUCGGGAUAUCAUCAAAUCUCGAUCCGGCCAAACGAUCUCUACAAGUCCGCGUUCAAGACGCGGUACGGGCAUUUUGAGUGGGUGGUCAUGCCUUUUGAACUCACCAACGCCCCGACGACCUUUCAAGAGGCAAUGACCAAUGAGUUCCAUGCAAUGUUGGACCGGUUCGUGCUGGUCUACUUAGACGAUAUUCUCGUCUAUAGCCGGUCAUUGGAGGAUCAUCUUGAGCAUCUUCGACGAGUGUUGGAGACGCUCCGCCUCGCCAAGUACAAGGCCAACCGCGACAAGUGCGAAUUUGUGCGGCAAGAGCUGGAAUACUUGGGCCAUUUUGUCACACCGGAGGGCAUCAGUCCGCUAUCGGACAAGAUUCAAGCCAUCCAAGAGUGGCCGGAGCCUCGAAACGUCACAGAUGUCCGCUCGUUCCUUGGUCUCGCCAGCUACUAUCAACGUUUCAUCAAAGGCUACUCGAAGAUCGUGGCCCACUUGACCAAGCUUCAAUGCGAGGAUCGACCAUUUGACUUCGGAGAGGAGGCGCGGGAAUCAUUCUUGGCUCUCAAAGCCGCGCUAUUGUCUGCGGAGGUCUUGCGGAUAUACGACCCGCUUUUGCCUACGCGCGUCACUACGGAUGCGUCAAGCUAUGACAUUGGUGCAGUCCUCGAGCAACAUGAUGGUGUGGACUGGCACCCGGUCGAGUAUUUCAGCAAGAAAGUGCCCGUCGUGCAUUCCAUUGACGAUGCACGCAAGAAGGAGCUCCUCGCCUUCGUCCACGCGCUCAAGUGGUGGCGGCACUUCCUCCUUGGUCGAAGCCAAUUUCGAUGGGUAACGGACAACAAUCCGUUGGUCUUCUAUAAGACCCAAGACACCGUCAACAGCACCAUCGCUCGAUGGAUGACUUUCAUCGACCAGUUCGACUUCUUUCCCGAUCACAGUCCCGGGAACUGUUUUUCGAAGGCUCUUUCACGGCGUCCAGAUCAUUGUACCACGGUCUACUCAACCUUCGAGAUUGACGAUGACCUGCGGAACAGCUUCAUCCGCGGCUACCAAGCCGACCCCGAGUUUCGCGACAAGUACGCGAAUUGCUCCUCUCCUAAUCCGACGCCUUCUCACUACCGGGUCCAAGAGGGGUACUUGCUUGUCCACACGCGGGGGCAGGACCUUCUUUGCGUACCGAGUGAUCCUCACCUGCGUACAUGGCUUCUUGGCGAGUUCCACGAUGCUCCCGCCACCGGACACUUUGGAGUCAAUCGCACGAUUGGUCGACUUCGCCAGCGAUUUUGGUGGCCCGGCCUUCUUGGCGACGUCACGCGCUAUUGCGAGUCAUGAGAGGUUUGUCGACGCUGCAAAUCCCGCAACCAUUGUCCGUACGGCGAGUUACGACCAUUACCAGUCC